AUGGGCAACUUUUGCUCAACCUGCUUCGGCGGUAGGAGGAGCGAUGACUACGAUGAGGAGGACGAGGCCCAGCAUCUCUUCGACGAGAACAACAUGCACUACGGUAGCUUUGAUCAGCAACACAUGAUGAAUCAGGAAGACCCCCAAGAGACAGAAAGGGAAAUUGCGGCUCUGCAGGGCGUGGUGGAACGCACAUCAAAUAACAUGGUCGACAUCUAUGAUAUGGUCCCGCAUGACAAACCCAUGCAAGACGCUCCUGUUCCCUACGGCUUUGCCGGCCAGCGCUACAAUGCCCUGCUUUCCAAGCUCUCAACCCACGACGACAUGGCCUCCGUUGCACGGGUUGACUGGGGCACCCCUGAGGACGACAGCAUGGAGAUGCUGCGCAAAGCUUCCUUGCCAACCAUCCCCAUCAAGGCUGAAGGAGGCGAGGCCCUCGUCGGUAACUUUACCGAUGCCGCUGCCGCCAUGCGCUGAAACCAUACCACGACAUUAAACCGUGACUCGUUGUCCAUACCCAAUCCACCUGAUGCCGACGGCAACAUGACAGAACAUCCACAGUAUCCUCCGACCCAGAAUAUACCACACCAUACGUUCAUCAAACCAGAACCACCUGACACAACAAUAAAUCCGGGACUCCUUGGCCAUGCCGAUACGAGGUGGCAUGUCCAAGUUCGCUUGGCCGGUUUCCCCCAUCAUUUUUUCCUUUUGUAAUUUCUCGUCUUUCCUGAUGCUGUUCCGGAAACAGCGGGCGUUCAGCGAUUCGAUAGGUCUGCGGCCAGAGACAACGUGGCAUGGCAGGAUGUUAUGUUGAUGAGUUGUCGAUACCCGUCGAGGUGGGAUACAGCGUCCAUUCGUCUCAUACAUCACCGCCUUGUAUGCCCAAGAUGUUGGAUAAGGCCAAGGAUAGGCUUAAAAACGGCGUGUUUGGGGGUAUGUAUGCGUUGUACAGCAACAAUUCAAUUUAAUGCUUUCCUUUGUUCAAUGACUGGAUCAAGGCUAUUUGGACCAACCCAUGGUGGUGUAGUCCUCUGGCCCCUAACAAACAAAAUGUUGACAAGGCG